CCGGGGCAGAGGCAGCCACGUGUAUGCAAUAUCCUCCGUCCUGGACUGUCCAGGACUCAUCGACUCGGUACUCUCCUGUAAAGGGCUUCUCCAGCCUGCUGGCCGGAGGGACGUGAAAUUAUAUCUCUAAUAAGAGGGUAUUUUUUUUUUCUGAAAUCCUCACCCGUUAGCCUUUAUCAAUACGAGUACUUACAUAGCAUGUAACGCAGCGGGCAAGUCACGUCUAUUGAUGCUUAAAGCUCGUGUAGCAGCCGGAAUUUCUCUUGUCACAGAGCCUUCAACUGUAAGCUGAUACUGUGUGGGCACGCGAGCCACUGACUGCUGAUGAUACAAAACUGUUCUGGGUAAUCAGUGACGCUGAGCAGCGGCGCGGCCUUCACCUGUCGUGGCCCUCCAGGUAUGUAGUGCACCUGUGAGCCACUGGCAGGUGGAGCCCCUCCCUCGCAGCCUUCAGACUGUGUGAGUCGGUGGCACCAUUCACGCCGCCGCCCUCAGCUGGUCAGUGUCAUUCACUGUCUCAUUGGCCCGUCCCGCCACUACUCUGCCCGCCGCCGCAGGGACAGCACGCCCGCCCCGCCGCAUCGACCACUGUGACGCUCCGCGAGCCAGGCCCCGCAGCAGACACGGGAACUGCCCUCACACCUUACUAAACGCCUGGAGGAGCAGCAGUGAGGCCGAAUCGCGUGUUACAGCACUGAUAUCAACUGGUGGCCCUCAGGGCGGGACACUGUGGCUUGAGGAGCACUGCUGCGUCGCUGCCCGCCACGCGCGGCCUCGCCUGGCCAGUUCCGGGACACCGCGGUGACAGUGACAGUUUUUGUGACGAGCGGUGACAGCAAGCGGCAUGCGGCGGUGCUGCUGGUGCUGCGUCAGCCUCCAGAAGGGGGUGGUGGCCAUCGGGGUGCUGGGCAUGGUGUGCUCGGCUGUGCUCACUGUGGGUUACGGCGCCGUGGCCUUCACCCUGGAGGAGCACAUGGACGCCUGUAGGGUCGGGGAGGCAAAUGACCCACUGGGAGUCCUGCCACCCUGCGGGGAUCUGACGGACACCGCGAAAUUACUUGCAGUUCGCAUCUUCGUGUACGCGCAGGUGAGCGUGUGGCUACUCUUCUUCACCUUCUCCAUCCUGCUCAUCGUGGCGGCGGUCAAGGAGCGCGGCGGGCUGCUGGUGCCGUGGCUGGUGCUGUCCGUGGUGGUGAUGGCCGCCGUGGUGUGGUCCGGCGUCCGUGCGGCCCUGCAGAAACGCACGCUCGACCUGCUUGCUUCCGUGGUGGCCGUGGUGGUCAUCACGUACUGCUGCCUUGUGGUGCGCUCCUACGGCCGCCUCAUCAAGAAACAGGCGCUGGUGUCCGUGCGGGUGCCAUCCACGUACAGCCAUCCCCCCUGCUGCCAGGAACCCACGACGCCCACCUGUACCCCCGCCCCGUGCAGGGAAAGGAGAGAUCUGCCCCCAGCAUACACGCCUCGCCCCACGCUGACCCACACGACACCCCGCCCCACAGUCAUCACCACGCCCCGCCCAAACCCUAAACAAAACUCCACCAAGAAGUCUCCGCUCCCCACAGGUCUGGGCAUCAAGAUAUAAAGGGGGGAGGGUGUAGGUUGCGCCCGCUGGAGUCCUGGAAAUCAGUUGUAUUCCCUCCGUAUUAGUUAAGUCUGUCGCUGAUCCUCAAGGUGGUAGGGAGCGUGUGUGUGUGUGUGUGUGUGUGUGUGUGUGUGUUUAGCGGGCGGUGCUGGAGAUAUGCAGUAUUUUUGUAUGUGUUCUAUGUUAGCUUUAGCGUCACACAAUACAUAUAUUCGUGGGGUAGAGACUCCUGAUAAUCCUCCUUACUGGUGUGGAGGAAUUAGUGUUUCUUCCGCUUAUUGUACAGUCGCAAGCUUGUCUUUUCUAUAUACGCGGCAGGAAUUAUUGAUGCAGUGUUCCCUUACUGUAUAGAUGUAACUAGGUAAUAGGUUAGUAAGGUUCACCCCGACUCGGUUACAGUGGAGAUCAGAGCACCUAGAGAGGGAUAGGUAUUGAGGAGGUGGCGGGAGAGGUCAUAUUGGGGGAUGCUAAAAGGGUUACAUUCGUCCCCUUGUAUGGUUUAAUUGUAUGGGUCGUAAUCUGCCCUCACCCAUCCCUCUUCAGACACCCCAGCCGCCCUCUCCUCUCAUAUUCGGGACAGGGAAGCGUUCACAGUUGUGCGAAGUUGAAUAAAACUUGAAGACUUUU